CCCCUUCUCUGCAUUUUUACCCCAUCGCUGUGAUAAAUCAUUAGACCAGGGGUAGGAGCGGAAGUGGAGAAAUUCAGGUCAUGUAGCCACAGGAACGACUGCUGGGAGAAGUGCAGAGCGAAGAAAGGCCAUGGUGCACCUGCAGCAGCAGAAUUGGACACCUUCACCUGCCUCACCUGCAAUGAAAUAGGUCUCUCCUGUUUCGGUCUCUACAGCCACAGCAGGCGUUUUAACUCUCCAGCUUCAUCUUCAAAGUCCUGCUAGCUAACCACCAGCCCACUUGGCCACGACUCCUUUUACGCUGAUCACAGCAUUCCUGGUGUCCUGUGACACAAUUGGUACCCCUGGGUGCAAUCCAGAAAGAGCCCACUCCCCAAACACCAUCAUGGAUUCAACUCUGAUUGCGCCGCCAUGGCCCUCCUCGAGGAAUGAGUCUGAUGCUAAUGUGCCAAAAUCAGUGAAGAGGUUUUAUCGGGGUGAGCCAUUGGCACUGGGGAUCACACAGAUCCUCCUCGGGAUCACACACAUUGCAUUUGGAGUUGUGAUUAACUUAACAGGCGAAAACAGAGGAGCUUACAUUGCUAUGGAACAACCAGUAUGGGCUGGAAUCUUGUACAUCAUUUCGGGAUCUCUGUCUGUGGCAGCUGCCAGGAACCCCAAAGUGCCAAUGGUGAAAGGCAUGCUUGGAAUGAAUGUGGUGAGUUCUGUGGUAGCCGGCAUUGGAAUUGUGACGCUUUGUUUUCAAAUGGAUUAUUUCUCACCAAGAUGGGAAGCAGAAUACUUUUGCCGUUAUGAGUAUUCACGCAAUACUACAAUGUCAGAGUGCAUUAAAGCUCACAUACUCCCUUGGAACAUGUUGCAUGGAAUCAUGGCUGUCUUCCUGGUAUUCAAUAUCGUUGAGUUUUGCAUCACUAUCUCCACUGCUGCGUUCGGGUGCAAGACUGUUUGCCAGGACAACUACACCGAAACGGUUGUGGUGGUUUACCAGAAUGUGACCCCAGGCGAUGCUCCAGCUGCGUGCAAGGAUCCCAAUUCCCCCUGAUUUGCUUCCUGUUCCUUCCAUCCUCCUUGACUCUGCCAUCUCUUUCUGCAUAGUCAAGAGCACAAAAGGCUGAAUGUGUACUUAUGCGCCAAGCAGCUUUACUGGCUGGACCAAGAUUGUCUUUGUAACCAGAGGAAUACAAUGGAAUAUUUUGAUAA